ACGCACGUGACCUCGAUGGACGUCUCGUCGCCCCCAACCGACUGGUUUAUAAGCGAUGAAGAGAAGAGCAUGCACAUAACCGUAUUCUACAGCCUCAAUCCAGAAAACGGCGUCAUACCAGGCGAAAGGUGUCGCGAGUUGUUCGCGCAAUCCAAGCUCCCCGCCGACAGUUUGAGCCACAUUUGGCGAAUUUCGGAUGUCGAUGGUGACGGGUCGCUAAGUGUCGGCGAGUUUACUGUGGCCAUGCACCUGAUCAAUGCGCGGCUGUCUGGACGCGAGCUGCCGCCCGGUUUGCCUCCGGCGAUUCGACCAUGUAUGGAUAGGACGAUACCGGGUGUGACGAAGAAGGACUAUGAUGCGUACGUGAAGGCAUUCAACGAGCUGGAUAGGAAUGGGAGAGGCAGCUUGACAGCUGAAGAAGCCAAGUCUGUAUUCAUCAGGUCACAGUUGCUAACCGGUCAUUUGGCUCAUGUUUGGAAUCUGGCAGAUUAUGACCACGAUGGAAAUCUCACUGUAAACGAAUUUGUGAUUGCAACUCAUCUGAUGCGAUUUCUGAAGUCAGGGAACCAGCUGCCAUCUAUUAUGGAUGUCAAGGCACUUCUUCCUGAAGAGGGGAGACAACAAGUCAGUUUGGCAUUAUCAAGUCCCACUAAGGAGCGGUCAGGUAUGCAUCUUGAUGUAACAGCAUCUGAUGAAACGGACAUGCCAACGAGCAAGGGAAAGAUCCAGCGAGGCAAGUGGAUGACCUUUUCAUCCAAGAAGUCACGUGGAAUGUUCAAUCAAGAUGAACUUUCUAAGCCAGUUGAUUCAACUGCUGCUUUCAGUCCGACAUCUGGUAAUGCCAUCACGAAUGAUGAUGAAGCUUUGUUUACACUCCAAGAUAAUCCAUUUGCAAAGGAUACAUUUAUUCCUGUUGAUACGCAACCAAGACGAGUCAGUGUGACAAGCCUAGACAGCACGACUAGCAUCGAACCAUUUGAAGAGGAUCCAUUCAAGAGCUGUGACCCGUUUUCUAUGUCAAUCCCUGUCAUAAGAGAAGAUCCAUUUGAAGCAAAUGCAAGCGAUCCAUUUGGUACAGAAGUCAACGAUCCAUUUGGAGACCAAAACAUAACUCAUGAUCCAUUCAGUACAUCAGGACCAGACGUGUUUGCUAACUCGUCAUUUCCCAGCAAACCGUUUGACGUCGACCAGUCACCACACAUUUCAUCAUCUGCAAAUAAUCAAACAGUUGCAGAUGACAAGUUUGAAAAUGCAUUUGGAAGUGCUCCAUUUAUGGAUCAGAAUCCAGCAACGUUUUCUACUCAAACAGACCCAUUUGCUCCCAUAGGAUCAAAACCAGAGGAAACAUCCGAAUGCGAGAAUCCAUUUAAAGAGAAUGCGUUUGUGCAGCCACAGUCAUCUACCAACGAUUCUUUCUCUGCAAGUGUAAAGAACAAUCCCGACACGUCAACUGCACAGACAAACGAGAAUUUGUUUGGAGAUAGUUUUAGUGACACAAUAACUCGCACUACAAAUCAGACAACCGAUCCCUUCGGAGUCUCACUAAACACUAACCAGCAAUCUGAAGGACAAACUAGCAAUCCAUUUGAGGACGACAAAUUUCAACCAUUGAGCACGAACGAUUCAUUUGCAUCAAACGACGUCACUCCUUCUGUUGCUGACCCAUUCACUUGUGGUGCUGUUGCUCCAUCAGUUGAAGACAACCCAUCCAAUCCGCUUGAAUUGGAUGCUUUUGUGCCAGGGCAGAUCCCAAUUGCUGAGCAAGUUGUUGAGAUGACACGGGAGACUGAUAAGGAGACUGCAACUGCAGAAGAGUGUGUAGGAAACGUUGAUGAUUCUAGCCAGAAAGGUGAUCAUCAUGUGACGUUUGCUGACGAUUCCAAACUUGCCGUUACGUUUGAAACGUAUAGCAGUAGCGACUACAUGAGAAAGGAUCCAACAGUCGACCCUCAAAGAGCAGAGCUGGAGGUGAUUCACGACGAACACAAAACAAUCAAGCAUGGUCUUGAUGAGGUUGAGACACAUUUAGUGAGGAGGCUCUCAGAGGAGAUAGAAAGAGAAAGGAAUGAUCCAGAGCACCAGCAUGUGAAAUUUAAAGAAAACGUGACCACCGUUUCAACAUACGCAAGUGAUGAGUAUGAACGAAAAGACGACACUGUUGAUCCAGACAGAGCUGCUGAAGAGUAUAGUCAAGAAACAGGGAAAAAGAUGCUGAUACACAAAGACUCGGUGUCCGCUAUGCAAAAGGCUCAGCAAGAGGAGAGACGACGAAAGCAGUUGGCUUUACAGCAACAGCUCAUCGCCGAGAUUGAUUUAGAAUGGGAAGAGAACGAGAGGACAGUUGAAUACGAAAUUCAGGAAGCGAAAGAGAAAGCAAAGCAAAAGUUUUUGGCUGAAACGGAGGCUGCCCGGAAGCGUGAAGAAGGGAAAUGGCAGCAGAAGCUAAAAGAGAAAGAAGAGAAGGAGAGGAAAGCAAACGAGGAGGAAAUGGCGAGGCAUCAGAAGAAGUUAGAAGAGGCAGAGAGGAAUGCUGCUGAAGUGGAGAGAGCGGCAGAGGAAAAAAGAAAGGAAGAAGAAAGAAAACGAAAGGAAGAACAAGAACAAGAACAAGAGAACAAGAGAAAGAUCAAGGAAAUGAAAGAGAGAGAGGAAGACGAGGCGAGAAAGAGUGAAGCAGCAAGGCAAGAGGAAGAGGCAAGAAAACAAAGAGAAGAAAAGGCACAAGAAGAUGAAAAGAAAACUCAAACGUUGAUAGUGGAAGAGAAUCAGACGGAGCAAGAAGCUUCAAAGGGUCGGAAGGGCCUUGCUGCACGUUGGGAAGCUCUAGCUGGAGGGCAGAAGAAAGAACCGGCUUCAAGACAGAACCACAACGAAGCAUUAGAGAGGAGAAAAAGAGAAGAAGCAGAGUUGCUAAGACGACAGCAGGAUUACGAGAAAGAGAAACAAGAGCGAGCCGAAGAGAUUGCACAGAAACAACAGCAGAAGCUGGAAGCUGCUCAGAAAGAGCAGUUGCUAAAAGAGCAGCAACAGCACGAAGACGAGGAACGACGACAAAAAGAAGACGAAGAAAAACAGAAGCAGGCGAAGAACGCGACAUCGCAACUGAAAGUCGCCAAGAAGCACACACUUGCCAAACAAUGGGAGGAGAAAUUCAGCAAGUAGACGAGAUGGUCAAUGUAGAUGCGUAUGCUGGGUCUCUCUGUAUUAUGUAAGUCUUAGCUAAUUCUGGUGGGCUGUUUGACUUGGCUUGUGAUCAUAGUUUCUACUUUUGUACACCAGCUUAUUGUGAUUAUAUGACGAGAUAGUUUA